AUGAUGCAUAAUGAACCAAUCCAAACACUUCCACCAUCAAAUGCAUUUCUUGAUUUUACUAAUCAAGAACAACCAUCAUCAAUAGAUAUAUCAAAUUCAACUAAUCAACAAUAUUCAAAUUUUAUUCAUAAUUCAUAUCCAAUAUCACAAGAACAAUUUUAUUCAUCAACAUAUCCAUAUCCAUAUAAUAUACCAUAUUCAUCAUUAACAAUUGAUUCAAAUCUUGAUGAAAAAUCUCAUUAUGAUAAUCCACCAAAAUUAACAAUAAAAGGAAAAAAAAUUCGUAAACCAAGAACAAUUUAUUCUAGUAUGCAAUUACAAGUACUUAAUAAACGUUUUCAACGUACACAAUAUCUUGCUUUACCUGAACGUGCUGAAUUAGCUGCAUCACUUGGACUUACACAAACACAAGUGAAAAUUUGGUUUCAAAAUAAACGAAGUAAACAAAAAAAAGUUGUUAAAAAUGUUAGUCAUCAUUCAUCGUCGUCUUCCCAACCCUCUAACCCGAUUUUAUCACCAUCACAUCAUCGUGCAUCACGAUCGAUGAACAAUAAAUCUACUGAUUCUAUGUUUUUAGUAAAACACGAACAACAACAACAACAACAACAACAAGCAACAUCAUCAUCAGCACCACCAUCAUCAACAAAUUCAAAUUCAUUUAUUAUUGAUGCUACAACAUCAUCAUCUCCAUAUGGACAUGUAAUGGAUUAUACAAAUCAUCCAAAUAGUUUUUGGUCAUUACCACCAUCAUCAUAUGUUAAUAGUUAG